UGAGAGAAGAUAUCACAUCAGAUCAGAGUAAGAUAGCAAGCUUAGUAGUUAAACAGAAACAAACAUCAACAAAAAAAUGGCUGUGGAGAUUGAGAGAGAAUCAAUGAUAACUGAAGCUCCUAAUGCACCUGUUACUACUGAGAGAAGGGUUAGAACCGACUUGGAAACUACUCUUCCAAAGCCAUACAUGCCUAGAGCAUUGACAGCUCCUGAUACAAGCCACCCGAAUGGAACACCAAACCACAAGCACCACAACAUGUCUGUUCUUCAACAGCAUUGUGCUUUUUUUGAUCAAGAUGGUAAUGGAAUCAUUUAUCCUUGGGAAACUUACAUGGGGUUUCGUGCUCUUGGAUUUAAUGUGAUUUUUUCAGUUAUGGCGGCUAUUGCCAUCAAUCUUGCAAUGAGUUAUUCCACUCAGCCUAGCUGGUUUCCUUCACUUCUGUUUCCUAUAUACAUACACAACAUGCAUAAAGCAAAACAUGGAAGUGAUUCUGGAGUGUAUGACACAGAAGGACGUUAUGUACCAGCAAAUCUUGAGAACAUAUUUAGCAAGUAUGCUAAAACUGAACCUGACAAGCUUACCUUUGGAGAAAUAUGGAACCUGACUGAGGGAAACAGAAAUGCAUUAGAUCCAUUUGGCUGGGUUGCUGGUAAAUUGGAAUGGGGGGUUCUGUACUAUCUUGCAAAGGAUGAAGGUGGUUUUUUGGCUAAAGAAGCUGUUAGGAGAUGCUUUGAUGGUAGCUUAUUUGAAUACUGUGCUAAAAUGAAUGCAGCUAAUAAAGAUGAAGUCAAGAUGGGUUGAAAUUGAAUCUACUGUGAGAGGUUUUAGUGGUGUGGAUUAUGGUGUAAUAAAGUAAAUAAAAGUUGUUAUAGGAACUUUGGGUCUGGGAUUUACCCAUUAAGGUGUCUCAUUGUUCAUAAUGGGAUACCACCAUGGGGGACUGUUCUGGUAUAUAUUAUGUGAAUACUCUGCUACCUUGCUUGGUAAAUGUUAUUUAAAAUUCUGUUUGGUUUUUGUUCCUAAA